UGAAUAUAUAAUAAUGUAAAGAGGACCUUUACUUGAAAGGAAAUGUUUUGCCCGGAAGUGAUAGCCAAGGCUUCAGGAAGAAGACGCUCUGGGUUGAUGUAGGCCAAAACCCAAUACAACAUAUUUGCUGGUCAUGUGUUUGUGUUUUCUGGUCGAUUCAAAGUGAAUGAGAUGGCGACGAAUGAGGCAAGCUGUGAACAACCACAGAAGCGAGGAACCAAAGACAAACCGAAUGGAUAUUUUGCAGACUCUGUGGUCAGUGAGAGGAGGCAGAAAGAUAGGGAGGAGCGUCUCGCUCUGGUGCUGUGGAGGCGGCCUAUCAUCACACUACACUACUUCCUCCUGGAAACCUUCAUUACACUAAAGGAGUGGACAUUAAAGUUAUGGCGACGAAGGGGGACAGUGUUCUUGUUCCUGGUGUUGUGUUCACUCUUCUCCCUUGCCUACUCCACUGAGGGAGCACACCAGAAGUAUGUGCAGUACCUGGAGAAGAGGUUCCUGUGGUGUGCCUACUGGGUAGGUUUGGGCAUCUUGUCCUCAGUAGGCCUUGGGACUGGCCUGCAUACCUUCCUACUAUACCUGGGUCCACACAUAGCAUCAGUCACCCUGGCUGCGUACGAGUGUGGUUCUACAGACUUCCCCGAGCCCCCCUACCCAGACCAGAUCAUCUGCCCAGAGGCAGGAAGAAUGGAGGGCAGCAUCUCACUCUGGUCCAUCAUCUCAAAGGUCCGGCUGGAGGCCUGUAUGUGGGGUGCAGGCACAGCCAUUGGGGAGUUGCCGCCCUACUUCAUGGCUCGAGCGGCCAGGCUAUCUGGAGCAGACCCAGAUGACGAAGACUAUGAGGAGUUUGAGGAGAUGCUGGGGCAGGCAGAGACUGCUCAGGAUUUUGUUACUCGAGCAAAACUGGGAGUUCAGAACAUGGUGCAGAAAGUGGGAUUCUUUGGGAUUCUAGCCUGUGCCUCGAUCCCUAAUCCUCUGUUUGACCUUGCUGGUAUAACAUGUGGCCACUUCCUGGUACCAUUUUGGACCUUCUUUGGAGCGACUCUUAUUGGGAAAGCCAUCAUCAAGAUGCACAUACAAAAACUGUUUGUUAUCAUAACAUUCAGCAAGCACAUAGUGGAACAGAUGGUGUCUCUGAUCGGGUCUCUGCCGAGGGUAGGUCCCUCCAUACAGAAGCACUUCAGUGAGUACCUGGAGGCGCAGAGGAGUAAACUCCACCACCACACCGGAGAAGACACCCCGGCGAGUGAGAACUGGCUGUCGUGGGUCUUUGAGAAGGUGGUUCUGGUCAUGGUCUGUUAUUUUAUCUUCUCUAUCAUCAACUCCAUGGCUCAGAGCUACGCCAAGCGACGACAACGGAGUCAGCAGCAGCGACACUCUGAGGAGAAAACCAAGUGACGAGACUCUUGAGUCCCUCAGCUCUGAUCACAAACUAACCUCGCCCUCUUCCAUUCUUAAGAGGCUGAACUGACACUUCUGUGUUUGCUUACGGAUGUAUGUGCUGUUUGUUUGUCCCUCUUAUGGUUUUGUAGUUUCCCCUCCAUUUGUGUAACUUGUGUGAUUUUAAUAAUAUAAUGAUAGGAUAUGAGCAGUGAAGCAGCAGUUGGAUGGCAGCUAUACCAGCUGCGAUGCCUUAUGCAAGGUGGAGGGUCCUACUUCCAUUGAACACAGUUCUUAAUCACGACUUGAUUUGUACAUUUUUCACUGUAUAGAUGGACUCUAUGCUGAUAUGAUGCUAAGGAUCUUUUCAGGGUUACAUUUUUCUUGUGUUUUUGUCCUGUUGAUCAGAAAUAGGCCAUCUGUCAUUCGCGUUUCUUGGAUUUGUUUGAAAUUCAAGUUUGCAAUUGGAAAUAGCAAUAUCAAGUUGUCUCAACAUGUUAUUGAUAGUUUGCACAUCCUGGAAAUAUUUUUUGGGCGGUAUGUAUGCACAUGCAUUUAGAAUGAUCUGGACAAACUAACUUGAACCAAAACAGAACUUACAUUACACUCGGCUAACUUGGUGUUAUUUUUAUUCUGUACAUUUACUGAGUCUUUGAUCAGAAUAUAUAAAAUGCCUAAAUCAUU